CCACUACUUUUCGGAAUCUCACUCUUCUCAACAUUAUUUUUGUGGGUUUCUUUCUCACUAGUAUACUCUUCAAGUUCUUACUUGGCAGAUCGAGGCAGAGACAAUUCUCUUGUCUUUCUUAUUUUGGUGGGGUUUCCCCUCCUGUUUCAACCCUAGCCCGGUCCCCCCAGCAUCUGUAGCCUCUCUUCUUCCCUACCACUGCGCAUGCUUUUCAAAAUAUACCUCUCUCCACCAGCUGGGUUUCAUUCUGAAUUAUCAAACCUCAGCUCACCUCACGUGACCUCUAUUCGUCCCCAUGAUUUCAAGGCCAUACACCCCUCUAGUUGCCUUGAAAAGACAUGCAUAUCUUUCAAAUGAAGCAUACAGCCACGGAAUACAAAGGCCGCAGGGACACAAUCAAACUAUAUAAAAAGAGCGGCAUAGAGGUCCAGAGGGAUGUCAUACAGCAUUUUUAGCCGCCACAGUACCUUAUGGACACCCUCUUCCUGCUCGAUGAAAGCGGCCGCGCUGCCCGCGCCAACUUCUUCCGCUUGAUAAUGCAGCCUAUUGGCUGUACUUACAUAUGCCUCUGGUCAUAUGUGCCCCACCCAACAAACUGUUUGUGCCUCCUGGAUGGAUUCUUUUACGAAGAGAACACCCAACCAAGCUCUUCUUCCGGAAGUCUGGCUCGGAGGUUUUUUGACGAGUACCGGCAAUCAGUUUUUCCGGUCGAAAAUGAAUGUGUUCCAGGACUCGCUUUCAAGAAUAGUCGUCCGUACAUAGAGUUGCCAGAAUUGAAUCUUCAAAGACUGGCGAGGACAGAAGCACAGCGACAAUUCUAUCAGGAAGCGAGGAUUAAGACUGCAAUUUUUAUGGGGUGCAAGAGUGGAGAGAUUGAGAUAGGCUUGUCCAAUGCGUCUCAGCUCGACAUUGAAAAGGAAAUGAGGAGCUGGUUUCCUGAAGUUUUCUCUCAGCAUUUGUCUCCACUUAGGGAGGCCCUUCUGCGACCGGAUCAAAACCCGCCUUCAUCAUCCUCAUCAUCGUUGAGAUCACUAUCCAUGGAUAGCCCCGAGUGUUCAUCCCUUCUGUUCAACAUUCCAAGCACUUCCCACUUUCCAGAAACCCUUGGAGAGAUUCCUUUAUUGCAUCAAGUAUUACCAACAACAACUAGUCCACACCAACAAGCAAUGCAAGCGUUUGCAAGAAGUCGAAACAAUGUUCAAUUCCCAGCUCCAGAGAGUGAAAAUGCUGCAAUGACAAGAGCCAUCCUGGCCGUUCUAUCUUCAACUUCUUCUUCUUCAUCUUCUUCAUCGCAUCAACCCCAGCAAAAUUUACCUUAUAGUCAUCGGUUAAAUUCAAAAGCUAGUGCAUUCAAGAGCUACAUGUCGGCUUUAGGACCAACAAGCCAGAUGGGAGCGAAUGCUCGCAAGCAAAGCAUGCUGAAGAAAUCAAUUUCAUUCUUUAGAAGCCUAAAUUUUUUGAGACUCCAUGAACGUAUGCAAGUAAGCCGCCCCACAAGCACUCAGUUGCACCAUAUGAUCUCAGAACGCAAAAGGCGUGAGAAACUCAAUGAAAGCUUUCAGGCAUUGAGAUCCCUACUUCCUCCAGGAACUAAGAGAGAUAAAGCAUCGCUGCUUACCACAACAAAGGAGUAUUUGAGUUCAUUGAAAGCUCAAAACGAAGACCUUACUCGAAGAAACCAGAAUUUGGAGGCGCAGCUUUUGGCUGCAAAAGGAGCUGAUGAUCAUGAAGAGGAAACCAGUUCCUCAAGUGAAAGACUCGUCGUUCGGAUUUCACCAGUGCCGGAAUCAACAUCAGAAGAGCACACGGUUAAUUUGCAAGUGACUAUAAGAGGUGAAUGUCAAGUGGUUGAUAUGGUGAUUCGCAUUUUGGAAUUCCUGAAGCAGGUUCAGAAUGUAAGCUUGAUGUCCAUGGAGACCACAACCCGGAGAUUAGAAUCAAGCUCUAUUAAUCGCAUAACCUUGAGAUUGAGAAUCGAGGGAAACGAAUGGGACGAGCCUGCCUUCCUGGAAGCAGUGAGAAGGGUGGUUGGAGACUUUUUACAAUGACAAUUUGACCAAUCCUUCUAUGACACGUGGGUGUUCUACGGAGGAUUAAUUCUGUGGCGGCUGUCCUUUCCUCUUCUCAGAUAAUCUCAGCUGCCUUCAAUUUCGGGUUCCAUAUAUAAAAUAGUAUUGACUAAUAUGAUUAGUGUGUCAGCGCGCAGCACAGUUUUGAGAGCCAUCCCCCUCAUCGGAGCAAUGAAGCAUUCUUAACCACAUAUAUAUUGUUUCUUUUCGUA